AUGGGUGAGCAACAAGAGGCUGGUGCUGAGCAAGGACUGCACCUGGCAGAUCCAAAGAGCGGGCUGGAAGCUUUGGGCGAGUGCCAAGAUGCCGCGGGUGCAGACCAAAAAGCAGUGGGUGCAGAUGGGCAGGAGGCUGAUGAGGAUAGCAACGAUGAAGCUCCGGCGAUGGAAGAAGACAAGCCAGGACAAGAGCAGAACACCUUGCUGCCGAACAUGCGACUUCAGGAGAUGGACGGUGCGCAGCCCCCUGAUGAAGCAGGCAAAGUCAGGGAUGCAACGCAGACUGAAGUUGCCGAUGAUGAGAUGCAGCUGGAGGGCUUUCGCGGUGGUGCCAGCUCCGUCCACGUUGCUCCUGCAGCUCUUGCUUCAGUGCAAGUGCAGGAGGCAACCGCUGAAGCUAUGGAAGUCGAUGAUGAGGGUGAAGGUGGUUGGAGGAAGAGGUCAGAGCACGAAGCCAUGCAGCUCUGGGGUCAGCUUGAGCGGAGCACCACGCCGCUGUCGGCUGCUCUCUGCGAGCAGUUGAGGACCAUCCUCGAGCCAACUUUGAAAGGCCGCUUGCAAGGCUACUUCCGAACGGGCAAGAGGAUUUCGAUGAGACGAGUCAUUCCUUUCAUUGCCUCCAACUACCGCCGCGAUAAGAUCUGGCUGCGGCGGACAAAGCCAUCAAAACGUGAGUACCAGAUUGUCGUGGCAAUCGACAACUCUCGCAGCAUGAAAGAGUGCGGAGUUGGCCCCAACGCCCUGCAGACUCUUUGCGUGCUGUGCCAGGCACUGGCACAGCUGGAAGUGGGUGAAUAUGCCGUUCUUGCCUUUGGCAGCGCAACGCCGCGUGUGCUGCUUCCCUUGGGCUCAGGGCAGCCUCAUGCCAGCAGCUUCAACUGGACUCAAGCUGGGCCGUUGCUCCGUGAGUUCACCUUUGAGGAAGAAUCAGUCCAGAGCCACAAUCGCAGCUUGGCAGACCUGAUGCGCCUCAGCUCUGAGCUGUUCGACGAGCGAAAUGGCCCAAAUCCUGCGAGACCGUUCAGCCAGAUGAGCAUCAUCAUCUCUGAUGGUCGUUUCAACAAGAACAAAGUCCGCCCAUGGGUGCAUGCUGCACUGGCGCGACAGCAGCUCCCACUGCUGAUCAUUGUUGAUGCAGAGUCAGAAGCGCCGGCAGCAAACGCCUCGACUUCAAAAAGAAGCGUCUUUGACCUGCGAGCCGUGAGCUACGAGGGAGGCAGCUGCCAGGUUGUGCCGUACUUGUCAGAUUUUCCAUUUCCCUACUACGUCGUCGUGCAGGACCUGCAGACCCUGCCGGCUAUCCUGAGUGAUGUCAUGAAGCAGUGGUUCGAGUUGGCAUCAAGCGCCUAA